AUGGCGGCGGGCGGCGGCAGCAAGAGGACGUGGGUGGUGGACGUGGAGAAGACGCUCAAGGAAGCCGAUAAGUCGGUGGAGGUGUCGCGGUGGGAACGGCACUGCAUCUAUCGCGUGCCGGCGUGCAUCAAGGACAUCAAGAGCAAGGCCUACCAGCCGCAGGUGGUGUCCCUCGGCCCCUUCCACCAUGGAGACCCCAACCUGCUACCCAUGGAGGAGCACAAGCGCCGGGCGCUGCGCCACCUGCUCCGCCGCGCCAGGCGGCCGCUCGACGACUUCGUCGCCGCCGUCGAGGACGACGCGGAGCAGCUGGAGAGCGCGUACAUGGACCUCGGCGUCGAGUGGCGCGCCGGCAUCGGCAGCGGGGGCAGGGAGCGGUUCCUGGAGAUGAUGAUCGUCGACGGCUGCUUCCUGCUCGAGGUGAUGAGGACGGCCGCGGGGAAGAACGUCCACGACUACGCCAGCAACGAUCCCAUCUUCAGCAGCCACGGGAUACUCUACAUGGUGCCCUACAUCCGCCGAGACAUGCUCAUGCUCGAGAACCAGCUGCCGCUGCUCGUCCUCCAGAAGCUCAACGCCGUUGAGACUGGAAAGCCUCCGAACGACGACUUCGUCAACAGAAUGGUGCUAAGGUUUCUGGCCCCAUCUUCCCGGCCACUACAACCAGGCAUUGGCCUAGGGCUCCACCCACUGGAUGUGUUCCGGCGGAGCAUGCUCUAUGGCGAAUACCAGAAAAUCCCCAACUCCCGGGACACGCAGGACAACGACAUCAUCCGGUCGGCGGUGGAGCUCUACGAAGCUGGUAUCGGGUUCAAAACCAGCAAGUCGAGCAGCCUCCACGACAUCCGCUUCCGGCACGGCGUGCUAAGCAUGCCGACGGUGCCCGUGGACGACUCCACCGAGUACAUGUUCCUCAACAUGAUGGCGUUCGAGCGGCUGCAUGUCGGCGCCGGGAACGACGUGACCGCCUACGUCUUCUUCAUGGAUAACAUCAUCGACUCCGCCAAGGACGUGGCGCUGCUGAGCUCCAAGGGGAUCAUCCAGAACGCCGUCGGCAGCGACAAAGCCGUGGCCAAGCUGUUCAACAGCAUCUCCAGGGAUGUGGUGCUGGAGCAGGACAGCGCACUGGACGCUGUGCAGCGGCAGGUCAACGGCUACUUCAGGCAGCCGUGGAACAUGUGGCGCGCCAACCUCAUCCACACCUACUUCAGGAGCCCCUGGGCGUUCCUCUCCCUUGCCGCUGCCGUCUUCCUCCUCGUCAUGACAAUCAUGCAGACCGUCUACACCGUCAUGCCGUACUAUCGGCCGGCGGAUAGCAACCCGCCUUCGGCUCCGUCUCCGAUGUGAUCCGCGCGCUGCAACAACAACUUGCCUGCUACUCAUUUUCGGACAUCUACACCGAGAGUUCCUGCUGCGUGAUUUGGUUUUGCUCUCCGAGUUUUUGUUGCUAUCGUU